UUAUAUCUUUAUGUCUCAUAUAGAGGGCGACGACUAAAAGAUACCUACUACCUGGUAUCUAUCUAUAAUGAUCUGGCCUGGUACUUUCAUCUUUACGUCUUAUUGUGAUUAUUAUAGAAAUAUAAACGAGAGAUCUUUAGAUAGGGCUGGCCUCGACCAUUCACGGCCCCUGUCGCGAGAGGGGGCUAUGUAAUAGUUGAACCUCUUACCAGUCAAAAACUGCAGAUCGCACUCCACGCUGUUGGCUAAGCAUCUACCCAACGCUCGCCGCGAGGCGCAAUAGACGUAGGGAUGACGCCGGUUUGAGUCAUCCGGUAUUACUACUACAUGAUAUAGGUAUUUGAUAGAAUACAAGAACACACGAACUCAAGUAUAUAGUUGGAUGGUUAUAAACUAACUAGGAAUUAUUAACAGUUGACUUUGACCUGCCAAUUUGUCUUACAACUCUCAACUUACCACUUUUCACCUUCAGUCUUCGAUAUGACAGAGAAAGACAAGAAGCCAAAGGAAGAAUGGCUAGAGGAAGACGGAGAGGGCGUUCUCUUCCCCUCGCCAGGGGAAAGUCCUCUCUUUGACGGCCCCGAGCUCCUCCGCCCGCACGAUAUCCGCGCUUUGGAAGAGGCGGAGAAGGUCGAGGCAAUCGUGCAAGACGACACGCUCGACGAGCCGGCCAAAAUCGACGCCAUCGCCGAGGUACGAAAUUGGUUCAGCGGUUCCACCGAGACCAUUGACGCUUUUCUCGCCGGCGACAUCGAUACCGAGACGGCCGUUACUAAGCUAGCUGUGCCUAUCGAGAAGGCGUAUUCGACGGCAGAUUAUGGUAGGGCGUAUUACCACGCGGAGAUGACGGCGCGGAGUCAGAGGCCGGUUUAUAGCCCGGAGAAGGCGCUUGAGUUGUGGGGUCCCGAAGAAGACUGGCCCGAACCCUCCCUCCCCGCCAACGAGAACGAGAACGAGACCGAGACCGAGAGCACAGAAGGGAGCACAGAAGGGCACCUCUGGUCCCUCUGGUACGCGAUCCUGCACGCAGCCAAGCGCAUCCCCUGGACCGACACCGUCGAACAAGAGCGGCUCCUCGCGCUCGUCCAAGCCCUCAAACAGCGUCCCGACCCGCCCCCUCCCUCCCCCAUGACCACCCCCCUAAAACGGAACUGGAUCUGGGAAGACGGCACGCUCUGGAGCACGCUCAGCAUGCUGGGCCCCAGCGCGCGCGAAGCCUGGAACGACUGCUGCGGCUGCGGCGCGGGGUGGACGGUGCCGGAGCAGCACGCGUGGACGAGCGUCAACGCGUUCGUCGCGCGGCUGGUCGCCAGCGGCACGAGCGGCGCGCUUGCGCUGUACGGGGACUGGGCGCUCGGCGAUGCAGUCGAGACGGUGCCGCGGAGCGCGGGGCUGCACGUCAAGGCGGCGGCGGCGACGCAGCUGGCGGUCAAAGUCACGGUGGCCUGCGUGUGGAUCCAGAUCGCGGGGCGGUACAUGUGGAAUCUGCGCACGGACGAGGGGGUGCCGCCGGACUUGAGGGUUGCAGAUCUGGGGGCGCGCGAGAACAAGCUGCCGUGGUACGGGCGGAAGAAGGGCGCGGAGGAGGCGAGGCGUUGUACGGUGCGGUGGGAUUUCUGGCGGAGGCGGCUGGAGCAGGAGGGGGAGAAUGGGGAGUUGCCGGAGGAGGUGAGGGAGUUGGCGAGGGGGUCGGCGGAGGUUAUUGGGAAGUUCUUUGAGGGUUACUGAGGAGGUUUGGGUGCGGUUGGGAUAUGUUGCUUGAGAUCUAAUGAGAUACCCUCUUUUCUCAUCGUGCCUAGGGCGGUGUUUUCAGCUUAUUACUUGGUUGUAUGAUAAGUUUAGGUACUUUGGAUAAUUACAUUUCGUGUAAGGCUACUACUGAAGUCGUACGUGUGAAAUACUGGCGGUGGUCUGAUGGGUAGGUCUUACACGGACAGGUUCUUAGAAUCUCGGGAGUAAACACUAAAAAGUACGAAGACUAGAAAAUAUUAGGAGUUUAACAUCUUUGAUAGUUUAACUACCCAAAUUAAUAGUCAAAAUCAAAUUGAUUAUAUGUUUUUAA